AUGGUCAAGCUGCAGUUGUUGAUUGCUCCCUACAUCACAGGACACGUGCAUGUUCAAACGAAUCCCAAGUUGUCAUACUCACAGACGGGCACGGUCGAUAACGCUCAGAGGAUUGUUGCCAUAUUCAAGGGACUGGCACCUGAUUUUGACACCAAACGUACCUGCAUCAAGAUACCUGCGACAUGGGACGGUCUCUGUGCAUGCCGCACCUUGGAAGCCAACGGCGUGACCACGCUGGCGACAACUAUGUUUUGCAUGGAGCAAGCUGUUCUGGCCUCGGAUGCAAACUGCACUUAUAUCGCGCCAUAUAUCAACGAACUGAAAGUACACUUCGAAACAGGGUACAUCGACCACCAUAAAGCCUUCGCAUUCUGCCGUGAAGCUCAGGCUUACUACAAUGCAAACAACCAUCGCACCCGCGUUCUUGCUGCCUCUCUUACGUCUGUCGACGAAGUCUUACAACUAGCAGGUGUAAAUCACGUCACAAUCUCUCCAAUACUUUUGCAUGCGCUAUCGCGUAUGGAUGUUUCUACAACGACAAAGAGACCUGGCCAAUAUUUUGCAGACGAACUAGCCGCGGAGAGCCUGGAGGCGAAGAAAUAUGCCUCUAUUCUGCAAGAUGAGAGCGCUUGGAAGCUUGCAUUCACAAGGAGCGGGUUUGGAACAAGUGAAGGAAAGAUCAUUCAAGCCAUCAAUUACUUUUCCGACUUCCAAGAGAAGCUGGAAGAACUUGCUGGACGUUACGCAUCAUAA